CGGGAAAUAACAAGUAGUGUGUGAAGCAGUAAAACAGAAGUUCUUUUGAUAAGAAUGGAGUCACUUACUUUUUUUUAUCCAUGUAUUAGUUGCUUCUAGUUGUCGUUUUAUCGCACACGAAGAAUCAUUAUAAGGGUUUCGGUAAUGUUUUAUAUUGAUGCCACGUAAAGCUCCAAAGACAGAGAAGCCUCCCCUGCUGUUCCUGGAGCGGGCUUUGUGUGGAGCCAGACUCCAAAAUGUCCCUGAAGUCCGAGCAGCCCUUAAUCCAAGAGAGUUCUUCACAGAGAAGCAUGAAGACAACAGCUCAGCUCUCAUUUCUUGGGUAAGCCCACAGUUUGACAGCACACUUCCAGCUGCACCCCCAGUGAGACGCGGAAGGAGAAGAAAAUGCCAAUCUGUCACGAGCAUCCUUGACAGCUCCACUCAGCUGACGAGGAAAACCAGUGUGUGCAAAUUCCCUUCUUUAUCAUUUCAUACAAAGUCAAGAGACCAGCCUCAUCAACCAAAAAGUACACGCAGAAAAAAAGCAACAGACUCUACUGAUGUGAAAACUCAAGCUCAGGGAUCACGCCAGGUAAAAAGGACAGUUUCAAGUGGGGAGUACUCAGAAACACCAAAGAGACCGAUUGCAAUCAGAAAAAGAAGCACGGAGGGAGUUUGUGAUGCUGCUGCGUCUGUAAACGGAUGUUUGAAUGGGCCUGAAAUCCCAUCUAUUCAAGUGCCAGAGAGAUGCAUAGUUCCAGCAGAUGGUGCUUCUGUACUUGCCUUAAAUGAGUUCAGCACUACCGAGGUCAGCAGCAUUGCUCCUGAUGUGGACACUCCAAAAGUAAUACAAGAAGGGAUCAGCUGUUCCUCCUCUGCAUCUUUGCACUUAUUACUGCUUCAGCCAUGUACGCCAACACGUAGUCAGCCACCUGAAGUUUUGGUGGCAGACACGCCAGAGAGGGAUUAUGGGGUUAAGGUGACAUGGAGGAGGAGGAGGGGUCUGAUGUUGUUGUUAAAGGAGAGGGGCCAUCUCACUGAACCAGAUGUGUUAAUUCACUGCUGAUGUCAGAUAGAGGUUAUUCAGCAGGUAACGUCUGUCACAGGAGCCCUUUUCUAAUCUGUUUGUAUUGCACUGUAUGAAGCUGCUGAAUGACAACCGUCCCUUGGUUCAUGACUUUUAACUUUUUACUUCAAUGUAAUAAUAGAAAUAAUCAAAACCUCUUGAAGGGUACUAUUUAUACUGUAUUCUUGUUGGUUGACCUACUUGUCUUGCUCGCAGAUGUAAUGAUAUAAGGUGUGUUUAUGUGGGCUGUAUGAUAUAACAAGUCCAAUGUCAAGCAAACAGAAUUUCCUAAAUCUUAUGUCGUUGGUGGAAUGAAACCUCGGGUCUGGUUGAAUGAUUAUUUGAGCACAGACUCCA